AUGAGUGGUUGUAGGCAACUGUUAGGCUUAGAUGAGUGUUUUUUGAAAGGAAAUUUUGGAGGACAAAUGCUUGUUGCUGUGGCACUAGAUGCUAACGAUUGUAUUUACCCCAUAGCAUACGCAAUAGUGGAGAUGGAGAAUGCUAGAAGUUGGAGAUGGUUCCUUAGUCAUUUGGGUGAAGAUUUAAGGAUUAUAAAUAGUAACGAAUGGACCUUUAUGACUGAUAGGCAUAAAGGAUUACAAAAGGUUGUCGAAGAUUUGUACCCUGAUGCUGAACAUAGGUUUUGUGUGCGGCACAUGUAUUCAAAAUUUUUUAGGGCUGAUUUUAAGAGUUUAACUCUUAAAGGGAGAGUGCAGGUGCGUAUGAAUGGUUAA